AUGGCGCAAGCAGGCAGCGCCGGGCUCAGGGGACGACGGUGGCACGUGGAGCAGCAAUUGAGCAGACAUCGUGUGUCAAAAAGAACUUUGUGCAAUUACUAUUCAAGUUCAAGUGGCAGCGGCUCAACUGCACAUACUAAUGAGAGCACAAAUCAACCCAAGAAACCUAGGGAAGAGUUUAGUCAUUCAAACCUAAUUGCUGACCCUCAAAAGCGCAAACCAAUCGAUUCUUAUGAACCAGAAAUUAGAGACCAAGUAAAGAGAGCAUAUGCUUUAAGUGGUCCAACCCAACCUCAUGAAUUUCCAUUUCCUCGUAAAUGUAUGGGUGGUGAAUGGAGAUCAUUUCAAAAGACUUGGUUUGAUGAAUUUGAUUGGCUAGAGUAUAGUGAGUCCAAGGAUGCUGCUUAUUGCUUAUAUUGCUAUCUCUUCUUCAAUUCGGCAAAGGCUGAAAAAUUUGGAAGUACUAUCUUUGCACAUCAAGGUUAUGUGAAUUGGAAGAACGCUAAGGAUACUUUUCAUAAGCACGGUGUUUGCACGACUCAUGCAAAGGCUAGACUGAAGUGUGACGACUUUAUGAACCAAAGGACAAGUGUUGGUCGAAAAUUAGUUGAGGUGAGCAUAGAGGAAGAAAAACAAUAUGAGAUUCGUUUGACAUCUUUAGAUGUUGCAAGAUUUCUCAUAUCGCAAGGGGAACCUUUUCGUGGAGAUGAUGAGAGUUCUACUUCUCUCAACAAGGGUACAUUUAGAGAGAUGGUUGACUGGUAUAAAGAUAAGGUAGAUAUAGUGAAGGACGCAUAUGACAAAGGUUCUAAAAAAUGCCAGAUGGUAUCUCCUAAUAUACAAAAGGAUCUUGCAAAAGCUUGUGCAGAGGAAAUCACAACUGCCAUUAUGGAUGAGAUUCGAGGUAGAAAAUUCUCGAUGCUUAUUGAUGAGUCUAGAGAUGUAUCAAUAAAAGAGCAAAUGGCAGUGAUUCUAAGGUUUGUGAAUGAUAAAGGGCAAGUGGUGGAGAGAUUUCUUGGACUUCAGCAUGUUCAGAGUUGUACAGCUAUUGCAUUGAAAGAAGCUUUGGUCAGUAUGCUUUCAAGUCACAAUUUGUCUAUCUCUAUGCUUCGUGGGCAAGGGAAGGAUCAAGACAUAGUUGAAGCAAUGCAUUUGAUCAUGGAUGUGAAAGAUAGCUUGCAGGAUAUGAGGGAAAAUGGAUGGGAGCCAUUACUCAAAAAAGUGAAAACAUUCUAUGAGAAGAAUGAGAUUGAAGUGCAAGAUAUAGAUAAGGAAAUAAAUGUUAGAGGUACAUCUAGAUGA